AUGAAUUCAGACGACUCUCUCCGCGGUCAACUCCGCCAACUCUUCGGUCUGCCCUCGAAACUCGAGGCAACAAAAUCCGCCGUGUUGGACGCCCAGCAAAACCACGGCGAACGCGUUGGAAAAUGGCGAUGUCUUUGCGGCCAUUUGAACACAAUACUGCAUCUCGCCGGAAAGAACCCUCAUCCCCUAGGCCUACUUCAAUGCCGUAGUUGUCCACUGGUCUGGUACCCGAACAGCACGCCGACGUUCACGAGCCAAAGCCUCAACAUCACCUGGAAAACCAUCUCGUCCAACGCUAGCGAGGACACACGCAUCGUUCCUCGACCGCGGAACCCCAGGUCGCAGCACAUCUACGUUUGUCUGGGCCACGGCUGCGGCCUGAGCUGGCGUACGGACAUCAAGAGGGAGUGGUUGAGCGGGAACAAGAGGCACAUUCUGCUCUUAGGCGGAAAGCGUGGGAAGUUGCAUUGUGACUGUGGGAUGAAGAUUUUCGAGCCUGGGGCAUACGAAAUCUUUGAGAUUGAGAAGCGGUUUGACGAUAGGCUUGCGGCUUCGGCGGCUUUGGGUGUUGGUGGGGGAGAAAAGCGCCGUGACGAAGGCCAAUCGCAGUGCGGUUAA